GCACGACGUCGAGGCUGCUGCAGCUCUCGCAGUCUCAUUCAACAGGCAUUUGUGCGCACUUCAUUGUCCGGAGCAGACGCGUUUUGACCAGAAAUUAUACUACACAGAGAGGCAUUCAGAUGGGAUUACGAUGUUUGGUAAUGGAUGUGGUCCUGUUGCGCACUGUGGUGCCUAAACCUCCACAGUCCCUCUCUGCCGUGUGCCUGUCUUGGUAGCGCCAUCAUUUUUAUUUUUUUAUUUUUUGAGAGGAAAGUAUACCAGGAUGGCAGCUCCUCAUAAUGCAUCGAACCUUACCUCAAACUACACGAACCAGUUUGUUCAGCCGCCAUGGCGCGUCGCCCUCUGGUCUGUCGCCUACAGCUCGGUGCUGGCCGUGGCCGUGUUCGGCAACCUCAUCGUCAUUUGGAUCAUUUUGGCUCACAAGCGCAUGAGGACGGUGACCAACUACUUUUUGCUCAACCUGGCCUUCUCCGACGCCUCCAUGGCCGCCUUCAACACUUUGAUCAACUUUGUCUACGCCACCCACGGGGAGUGGUACUUUGGGCAGGCUUACUGCAAAUUCCACAACUUCUUCCCGGUCACGUCCGUGUUCGCCAGCAUUUACUCCAUGACUGCAAUCGCCGUGGACAGGUACAUGGCCAUUAUCCACCCACUGAAGCCUCGUCUGUCAGCCAAGGCCACCACCGGAGUCAUUGCCUCAAUCUGGAGUCUGGCCGUGGUUCUGGCCUUUCCCCUCUGCUACUUCUCCAGAAUUAGAGUUCUGCCUCGCCGGACCUUAUGCUAUGUUGCAUGGCCCCGCAUGGAAGCUGAUCCUGUAAUGUACCACAUCAUAGUGACAGUGCUGGUCUAUGUGCUACCCUUGGUGGUGAUGGGCAUCACCUACUCCAUCGUGGGACUCACUCUAUGGGGAGGGGAGAUCCCUGGAGAUUCGUCAGACAACUAUCAUGGACAAUUGCGAGCUAAAAGAAAGGUAGUUAAGAUGAUGAUCAUUGUCUUGGUGACCUUUGCCUUCUGCUGGCUGCCCUAUCACAUCUACUUCAUUGUGACGGGCCUCAACAAGCAUCUGAGCAAGGCGAAGUCCAUACAGCAAGUUUACCUGUCAGUGUUGUGGCUGGCCAUGAGCUCCACCAUGUACAAUCCCAUUAUCUACUGCUGCCUGAACAGCCGGUUUCGUGCUGGCUUCAAGCGAGCUUUUUGCUGGUGCCCUUUCAUCAAGGUCUCCAGUUACGACGAGUUGGAACUUCGCUCGAGCCGGCAGCACCCGGCCCGGCAGAGCAGCAUGUACACACUCUCCAGAAUGGACACUACCAUGGUUGUGGUUUACGACCCCGCUGAAGGGGAUGGCAGCAGCUGCGGAAGGAAGUGGUCCCUGUCCUCUAGGAAGAGAAGCUACAUCACGUCUCGUCACACACCUGCCUCUUGCAGCAUUGGAAGCAUAAAAACCCAAAAUGAAUCCUCAAGCUGAGCAAUUCCCUUGAGUGGUAUUUUUCCUGCUGUGCAUCAACAAUGACAUAAAAAAACAGGCAUAUGAGAAUUUGACACACCUCCAUGAUACAAACCCAAUUCCAAUGAAGUUGGGACGUUGUGUUAAACAUAAAUCAAAUCAGAAUACAAUGAUUUGCAAAUCAUGUUCAACUAAUAUUUAAUUGAAUACACUACAAAUACAAUAUAUUUAAUGUUCAAAUUGAUAAACAUUUGUUUUUAGCAAAUAAUCAUCAACUUAGAAUUUUAUGGCUGCAACACGUUCCAAAAAAGAUGGGACAGGUGGCAAAAAAGACUGAGAAAGUUGAGGAAUGCUCAUCAAACACCUGUUUGGAACAUCCCACAGGGAUGCCAUGAUUGGGUAUAAAAGGAGCUUCCCUGAAUUGCUCAGUCAUUCACAAGCAAAGAUGCGGCGAGGUUCACCUCUUUGUGAACAAGUGUGUGAGAAAAUAGUCGAACAGUUUAAGGACAAUGUUCCUCAACGUACAAUUGCUCAAAGUACAAUUGCAAGGAAUUUAGGGAUUUCAUCAUCUACGGUCCAUAAUAUCAAAAGGUUCAGAUAAUCUGGAGAAAUCACUGCAUGUAAGCGGCAAGGCCGAAAACCAACAUUAAAUGCCUGUGACCUUCGAUCCCUCAGGCGGCACUGCAUCAAAAACCGACAUCAAUGUGUAAAGGAUAUCACUACAUGGGCUCAGGAACACUUCAGAAAACCAAUGUCAGUAAAUACAGUUUGGCGCUACAUCCGUAAGUGCAACUUGAAAUAUAUGCAAAUACUAUGCAACGCAAAAGCCAUUCAUCAACUACACCCAGAAAUGCCGCCGGCUUCUCUGGGCCCGAGCUCAUCUAAGAUAGACUGAUGCAAAGUGGAAAAGUGUUCUAUGGUCCGACGAGUCCACAUUUCAAAUUGUUUUGGGAAAUUGUGGACGUCGUGUCCUCCGGGCCAAAGACGAAAAGAACCAUCUGGACUUUUAUGUACGCAAAGUUCAAAAGCCAGCAUCUGUGAUGGUAUGGGGCUGUGUUAGUGCCAAUGGCAUGGGUAACUUACACAACUGUGAAGGCACCAUUAAUGCUGAAAGGUACAUACAGGUUUUGGAGAAACAUAUGCUGCCAUCCAAGCAAGGUCUUUUUCAUGGACGCCCCUGCUUAUUUCAGCAAGACAGUGCCAAACCACAUUCUGCACGUGUUACAACAGCGUGGCUUCGUCGUAAAAGAGUGUGGGUACUACACUGGCCUGCCUGCAGUCCAGACCUGUCUCCCAUUGAAAAUGUGUGGCGCAUUAUGAAGCGUAAAAUACGACAACGGAGACCCCGGACUGUUGAACAGCUGAAGCUAUACAUCAAGCAAGAAUGGGAAAGAAUUCCACCUACAAAGCUUCAACAACUAGUGUCCUCAGUUCCCAAACAUUUAUUGAAUGUUGUUAAAAGAAAAGGUGAUGUAAGACAGCAGUAAACAUGACCCUGUUUACCACAAGUUUAUCAGUUUGCACAUUAAAUAUCUUGUCUUUGUAGUGUAUUAAAUUAAAUAUAGGUUGAAAAUGAUUUGCAAAUCAUUGUAUUCUGUUUUUAUUUAUGUUUAACACAACAUCCCAACUUCAAUGGAAUUGGGGUUGUACAUACAUACAAUCAAAGGCUGUUGUAUCAGUGGCCAAUUUAAGGGGGACGAAGCCCCCCUAAAUUCCUAAACUCCUCCAAUCAACACCCCCACGUCCCCCACCCUCCAUCGACGAAAUAUAGCAGGCACAAUAUAUUGUUUGGAUGGACGGAAAAUCCGUUAAACCUAGUGGCGCCCCUUGUUUACAUGUUAAUGAUCUUCACAAUUCUUAGCUGAAAUGAAACUGCACAUUACUGUGUUACAAAGGUUUACUCUAAUCAGAUCGAGUGUCUCCUGCAACAGUGAAUUCCUGCUCAGUCAAAAAAACAAUCACUAAUAGACAUCAAAAUGUUAAUUGUGCCGUUGUUUUGGAAACGUCUCAGCCCCGUGGUUCCAAUUAUUCCUGUUUAAAUUAUGAUGUAUUUGUACUACUUGAAUUUACACUAUUAAAACACUGCGCAUGCUUGAGUGAUGACAUACUCUCAGCAGGCUGAAUCAGACAAUAUGUUGUGGUGAUUGUAGAUAUGUAACUAUGUCAAAGUUUAUUUAAUAUAAUGAACUUUAUUUGACGUGUGGAAGUACUGUGUUUCUCUGAAGAAAUGAAUGUUGAAUCGCUUCUGUUGUCUGCUGAAUUCAUUAAUAGAUAUCUUUACAUGUAAAUGAACAAGGAAAAUAAGAUGACUAUGUGGCGCUUUUGGACUGCUGUCUUUCUUUUUUCUUAAAACAAACAAUCUGAACUUCAUGCAGUCAUUAUUUUACUGUGUUCUUGUACCCUGUGAAGCAUAUUUCAUUCAGUCAUUCAACAGAAUGAAACUGUCAUGCAAUUUGAUGUGUUCUGCUCAAUCUCUGCAAAAAGCAACUAAGGAAAGCCUUUGUGUUGUAUACGUUUAUCUUUUUUCUACUGUAAAUAGAUUUAAAAAAAAUACAUCAAAAUAAAGAAAAAAAACUAACUUAACACAAGGUUUUAAACAUGUUAUUGUUCUUGCUUUGUUCAAGCCCUUUAAUAUACUGUAAUAGGAGUUUUUACAAAAAAGUUGCUGUUGUCAAGCCCUUUAAUAUGGAUUUUGAAUGUUUUGAGGCUUCUUGAAAGUAUAGGCACCAGACUCUGAAGUUAUUGUAAACGUUUAGUGAAUUUAUGUUAAGUGUUUGUUAAAAAAUACGUUUUAAUAUGUUUUGUAUUAAUGUUGAAGUGCACUGUGUGUCUUUGUGUGGUAACUCUUUGUUGUAGCUUGGGUGAUAUGUUUUCUGAAUUGCAAUAAUUGUAAUUAUAUUGUAUUUGACAUUUUACUUUGCAGCAAACAUUGCCUUCACAGUUGUUGGUUUAACAUUUUUUUAAACUAAAUAAUUAAUUACAAAUAAUAAAUAACCUAUAAUAUUUUUUUUGCUGAUAGCAAAUUCAGAUAAAGGGACUACUGUUUUACUGUAAGUAAGCCAUAACAGUAUUCUCCAUCUUUAUUAAACCACAAGUGAUAUUUACA